AUUUCAAGGAAGUAAGAAAAAAAAAACAUUUUCAAAGGUAAAGCAGCAAACUGUUGCGGACAGCAGAUUCUGGUUCUCAUCGCCUUUUUUUUCUGUUUUCAUGUAAGUGAGAAGACGAUCCAACUCAGACCUGUAAUAUUCAUUCCACUCAACCGAUCUUCACUUUUUUUCUUGUCAAAGCAGGGCAUGGCAACAGAUGAAAAUGCUGACCUGUUAGAUGUGAAGUCCCAGCCGAGUGAAUCACACGAAACAUGGAAGCAAGAGAUUACAAGAAGCCAAUCCGAAGUACAUGUAUUGCAGAAAGAAUUUACAGAGGUAAAGGCUUGCAAUCAUGGUUCAGAUGGAGAAGCAAAAAAGGAAUUGGAGGUUCUUUGGCAAAGAGUCAAGACUGCUUCUACAUUGUUGACUUACUUGAAAUCAAAAGCUAGGCUCAUGGCUGUUCCGCACCUAGCCCAUGCAGCUUGUGGCAUCAAACAAUUGGAGGGGGUAGGCUUUGUUGACAAAAAUGGGAUACCAUUAUCAGGUUGGUCCAGCAAUGUUGACCUUUCUUCAUUUGAUGACGCAGAUGAAGAAUCUUGGAUGGAAAUUAGCCAUCACCAUGGUUCCUUUGACAAACAAGAUGCAGCUUAUAUAGGAGAGAUACUCAAGUCUGUACAAAUGGUUGCAGAUGUGAUGGAAGCCCUUGUCAAAAGAGUUUUCUUGGCUGAGUCAGAAACUGCAAUAGAAAAGGGAAAAGUAAGUGUAAGUCAGGAAGAAAUUAAGCGGAAGUCUACCCAGUUAGAGAACGUGUCUGUGAAAUUAGAGGAAAUGGAGCGUUUUGCUUUGAAUACAAACAGUAUUCUAAAUGAAAUGCGGCAGAGAGUUGAGGACUUGGUGGAAGAAACAACCAGACAGAGAGAACGAGCUGCUGAAAAUGAAGAAGAGCUUUCUAGAGUGAAGCGAGAAUUUGAGUCUCUGAAAUCAUACGUUAGUGGUCUAAUCACAGUAAGAGAAACCUUGCUUUCUUCAGAGAAACAAUUUCGAACUAUUGAGAGGCUGUUUGAAAAGCUAGUUGCAAAGACCACUCAAUUAGAGGGUGAGAAGAUGCAGAAAGAGGCUGAAGUUCAGAAACUUAUGCAAGAGAAUGUCAGGUUGAGUGCACUGCUUGACAAGAAAGAGGCUCAACUUCUUGCAUUGAAUGAACAAUGUAAGGUAAUGGCCUUGAGUGCUUCAAACAUGUAAAUGCCAUAGCACGUGAGGGAUGGUUGCUUUGCGUUUUAUGCUGACCAAUGGAGGCAUCUAAAGUGAAAGCUUCACUGGAUGAAGAACAAGGUCCUCUCAUCCAGAAGAGGCAUUAAACAAGGGUUAUCCAUAAACAUCAUUAAUGCCUUGAUUUUAUUUUCUGGUGCCAUUUAUUGUUGUUAAGAUUGAACACAGAAAAUACUUGUGCUUGGAAUGUAAACUUAGCGUGCUCUUUCACGGGGAAGAAAAAAAAUGAGAAUGGGGUGUCUCGUUACUCCAAA